AUGACUGUGGAGUUCACCCAAGAGGAGUGGCGGCACCUGGGCCCUGCUCAGAGGGCCCUGUACAGAGAUCUGAUGCUGGAGAACUACAGCCACCUGGUCUCCGUGGGGUAUUGUUUUACAAAACCAAAAGUGGUCUUCAACUUGGAGGAAGGAGAAGAGCCGUAUUUGUUAGAGGAAGAAUUCCUAAACAGGAGCUCCCCAGAAAGAAAAUACUGCCAACUUGAUGACCUCCUAGAAAAGAGCUAG